GUAAAGCGCAGUGGACUCACUUCUCGUCACCUGCGACCCAGGUAAGUAGACUUUAACACAUUAUGUCAACACAAGUUACUAAUUUGAGAACAAGCCAUAUAUAACCGUCAUAUCCAGUUACAUUCUGGUUGAACCAUAUGCACAUGAAUGUUUGAGGAAACCUAGAUCUGGGAAUGCUUUGCUGUUCUUCACCUUCCAGGCAGCAUGACCCGAGCGGAGGCUUUCGGAGAGUCCGAGCUUCGAUCUCAGCUCAGAGCAUCCAGGACGGAAAUCGCAAUGGCCGUCCACGACCCUUUCCCACUGCUGUAUGGCUUGGCGGAUCACGACGUCAUCUCCGACCGACUCCUUGGGGAAACUCUGGAGAGAAAGAAAAAAGAUGGGAUCCAUAAAGCGGUGUAUUCCCUCCUAACAUGGCUACUGGAGCAGGACUCCUCUGUUCUUCAGGCCUUCUGGAGCAAUCUGUCCAAAGAGUACAAUCAGGAGAGUUACCCCAAACUGCAAAAUCUCUUCGCUAAUUUACCUAAAGGUCUGAGUUUGGGAAGCAGGCCUGUUAGAAAUCCUAGACCUGAGUUGCAGAGUCGGACUCAUCCCAGCAGGAAGAGGGGAAUCGGAGGGAAACAACUGGCACUUCGAGCUCAGAACUACGGCAAGAAAGCUCUGCACAUCCGCUCAGGAGGCAAAGGAAAGCCCCUGAGGAAGGCAGACAGCGCAUCUCUCUCUCAGGUUUCAGUAAGCAACGGCGUGCAGUCCGUGUCCACGUCAGUCCAGCGCGCCGUCACUCUGUCUGCUGGAGAACUUCCUGUGGAGGAGAUUCUCAUCCAACAAGUCAUCGAGAGUGGAGGAGCCAAGAAGUGCAUCAAGGUCGGGGGUGAGUUUUAUUCCUCCUCUACACUGGAGGAGACGGCGAGUGGUCACGUGACCCAGACGGGACAAUGUCACAGUUACCAGCAGGGGGAGACGCACCCCCGAAGUACAAGUACAGAGCUAGUACACAAUAGUGUGUGUGUGUGUGUGUGUGUGUGUGUUCAGGUAGAGCAUAAUGAUGAUGAGUGUGCAGUGUGUAAGGAUGGCGGUGAGUUGAUUUGCUGUGACGGAUGUCCACGAGCCUUUCACCUCACCUGUCUGGUACCUCCACUCAUCUCCAUACCCAGCGGUUCGUGGCGCUGUAGGUUGUGUAGUGGCAGCAGAGUGAUGGCUGAGAAGAUCCACACGCCUCUGCAGUCUCCUCCUCCUCCUCCUCCUCCUCCUCCUCCUCUAACGGAGAGCAGCUCCAACUCCACAGUGGAUUUCUCCUUCUUCUCCUCCACCUCGCUGUCCACGCUCACGAGCAGCACAAGCACACAGCCUGCAGCAUUCCAGACCCCGGAUUCGGAGCUGGUGGGCAUCAGGAAGUGGUGUGGGAUUUGCCACCUGAGCCGCGGAGAGCUGGUCGUCUGCCCCGAGUGUCUGCAGAGCUUCCACACACACUGCAACUUCCCCAAUGGGAGAGCGAGAUGCAGAACGUGUUGGAGGUCGUGGGGGUCAACAGAGACUGACGCAGCAUCCAGAGCUGUGCAGUGUUGUACAGAUCAGGGAUCAGCUCACUCCGAAGAGCAGAUUCUUAAUAAAGAUGAACUGGACUCAUAUGUGGGGGAGACUUCCAUCGAUGGGAUCCUGCAGUGGGCUUUUCACAACAUUUCUCGGCCCCUUUCAGAGUCUCAGGGCUACUUCCAGUGACUCCACAAUGCCUAAAGUUUUCUGUAGCUGCUGAUCAGACUUGUACAACAGUGAGAAGGAAUUUCAGACCCACAUCAUGAAUAGUUCUGGAAUUUUUUCAUGAACUACCCUCUUCAGGUCAAGUUACAGCGCGGACUCUGUUGUUGAUUUGCUUGCAUGUUUUGGGUCAUUGUCCUGUUGCGUCCUCUCUGUUCUCUUAUGCUUAAGGUGACAAGUUGUUACCAUGGCAUUCUCCUGUAACAACCUUUUUAAAAAUACAAUACUGAAUUCAUUGUUUGAAAUUUCCCCAAACCCUGGGGAAAGAAAGCAGACCCGAACCAUGAUGCACCCGCCACCAUGCUUCACGGUUGGAAUGAAGAUUUGGUUUGACACCACAAAGGAAAUCACUGCUCAGCAAAACACAUCUCCAGUUAGCAAAGACACACUGGAUGUUCUACAACAGACAAAAAAAAGUAGCAGCAAUAUGCAUAAUUCUGUGUUUUGAAAGAAAAUCUCACCGCAUACCAACAACAAAAGCUCACCCAUCCUAGUUUGGGGCUGUUUGCUGUUUCUAAAGCUUCCAAACAUCGAAACAGUAAUUUUAAAUUUGUAUCAAGGAACAUUUUCAAUACAUUUCAAACUGUUCAAUACAAAUACAUGCUCAUGCAGGAGUUCUCAAAUGUUUUGCAGCUACAGACCCCUUUAUCUUUUGAAAAACCAAAUUCCACAGACCACUUCAGCACAGAUUUCUAUUUUUUAUUUUUAACUAUUCAAAUAUUAGCUUCAUUAUUUAAAUGUGUACAGCAAUAUUCUGGCUAUUUAGAGAUUUUUAUUCCUGAAAUUCACACAUGUGCAACAAAGUUUAGUCAGUUAAGUUCAUUAGAUUCAACUUGGCAUUAUUUAUAGACCUUUAUUUAGUGCCAUUAUUUUCAGAUCCUAUGACUAUGCUUCACAGACAAAACAUGGAGAAUUGUGGGUCUAGAAGAUUCUGUGUCACGAUGAACUCACUAUGUUCUCCUUCAAAAACUUAGCCUUAAUGUUCUAGCUUUUAACUUGCUCAGUAAUACAGGGGACAUUCCCCAAACAUAUCAUUAAUCUUUGCACAUAAUGAAACAUUUUUAAGGGAUAAUGGAGGAUGUAGAAGACAUAGUUAGAAUUGUAGAGUGUAUGACACAUUUUUAAGAAAAGAUUUUGAAGGCAAGUUUAACUAAGACAUAUUUCAUGGGAAUUUUACUGACGGUAAUUAAAUAUGUGUAAUUGAACCAA